CUCCACGCCUCCACAUUUGCCCCCGGAUGCCUUGAUACGGAGUGCAAUCGCGUGUCCCUGUCACAGAGAAUGGCCGAUAAUGACAGUGGCAACGGGCCACGAGCCCGCCCGGGACAGGCCCAGCAGGGGCGGAGGAAUCCGAGACUGCGGCUGGCCUGUCUUCGUUGCCAGCGGCGGAAAAUCCGAUGUGACGGAGAGCUUCCGGCGUGCAAGAACUGUCGGAAUGCUGGCGCGACAUGUGCAGACGGAGAAAGUGCCCGUCUGCGAGACCUCCCCAGGGCGUACAUUGUGAACUUGAAGCGGCGAAUAUCCUGGCUAGAGUCCAUUGUUCGGUCAAGAUGUCCCGAUGUGGAUCUAACACAAGAGCUUCCACCAGGAGAUGAGACGGAAGAUCAGUUCGAUGAGACUGUGGACGACAGCAUAAACCUGCAGCCUCGAUCCCCCACAGCCACUCCAACACAAGAGCCUCCCACGGUGAUGAGUACGGCAUUGGCCGAAACUCCUCGUCAACCCAUGAGAUCGGGACCUGGGCCACAGGCUGGUGAAGCUGCCAAUGCCCUCACUCACGAAAUCGGCUUGGUGUCUCUGGUGACAAACCAGGACCCGCGCUACAUCGGACCCUCGAGCGGUUACUUCCUAGCUCGAAUCAUGCUCGAUUCGGUUUCCGGGCUGGAUGAAAGGGCUGGGAGACCCAGUCGCGACGGCCCUUUUCCGACACAGCUGGUCGAAGCUAUCCAGGCUCCUCUCCCUCUGCCGGCGAGAGACAUGGCGAAGCAGUUAUGCGACGCUUACUUUAAUGUGAUACAUCCACAGUACCCCAUAUUACAUGAGCCGACGUUUCUGAAAAUACUGGAGCAAGCAUAUGCCCAAGACGACAUAGAGCCCAUUGUGGGCUUCCAAGUGUUUAUGGUCUUGGCCAUUGGUGCCAUGAUUCUCUCUGCGCGUCUCAAGGCCCGUAUCCCGGGAGAAUCGUAUUGUCUCUCUGCGUUAAAAUACUUCACCAACCUCAACCUCGAAAACUCCCUGCAGGGCGUCCAGUGUCUGCUCUUGCUCCUAAUCUUUACCAUUCACAACCCUUAUGUCCGCCUCAAUGUAUGGUAUUUGAACUACCACUGCCUUGCUGCACUUCUCGAUCUUGGACUGCAACGAAAUAUCAAUACUCGUGCCGGUAUAUCCUUGCUAGAGCAAGAGAUGAGGACGAGGAUAUUCUGGGUCAUCUUGACGUUUGACCGCGUCCUUGCUACCAUGAUGGGACGGCCUAUUGGAAUUCGAGACGAAGCAUGCGAACUUCGAAUGCCGGAAGGACUUAGCGACCUUGAUUUAGUUACUGAUAAGACUUCUCAGUUACCUUUGCAGACCGGAUCCAAGCAGAUGCAAUACGCAGUCCACCUAUUUCGAGCGGCCAGACUCAACUCGGAGAUCAAAUACGUCGCCAACAGCAUCAAUAGAGGCGUGCCGAGUUACGCAUACCCACCAGUAAUAGACAUCAACAGCUGGCAGUCUUCAAUGCUAAGCCAGCUGGACAAAUGGGCAGAGCAAAUACCAGGCUCCAUGGAUGAGGCACCAUCUGAGCAAUAUCUCAGGAUGACGUGUCAAAUGCGAUACCAUGGCUUGAGGAUGCUGCUACUACGGCCGAGUCCUGCUAUACCCAAACCUUCACCUGAAGCUUUAACCCAGUGCCACAAGAGUGCUUGCGAAAGUCUCAGGCUCUUCGACACCCUGUACAGGACAAACUUGCUGGUGCACAGUUGGAUUACGUUUCAUUCGCUGGUUUUGAGCACCAUCACCAUGCUGUUUUGCAUCAAAGUUGUCCCUGAAAUCGCCCGACGGACCGAAGUGGAAGUGCUCAUGGGCGAUCUCAGCAUCGCUCUGAGCGUGCUCAGCGCCACUGGUGAACACUGGUCAGGAGCGAAGCGCAGUCGUGACAUCUUGGAUAAACUCGGGAGGUCCACAAUCCGCUGGCUUCGUGACGUGAACAAUGGUAGAAACUUCUAUCAAACUGAGCGUCAAGGACCACAGCUCGAUGCUCAACACAUGAUCAGCCCAGCACAUGCCCAAGGCACGCCAUUCGUCCCAGGAAGCACCAUACCACUUACCGGAGACUCCACGAUCGACAUGGACAACGGGAAUAUGGCUGGCUUCAUGCAAAAUCCCUUUGACGAUUUCCAGAUCAACGAUUCGUUUGCCGAAUAUUUUGAAGCCAGUGAAUCUGUCAACGUUGAUACAAUCGUGCGCGACUUGUUUCAGGACCUCAUCCCGAUUUACCCAAAUUUUGCUUAACCCUCCCGCUUAGAAGCGCUUAAUUAAGUCUAUUGUAAAUUAAUACAGU